UAUUCGAGCCUGAGGUCAUCCCACAUGGGUCAUCCGCACCGCGAGUACAAGAUUUUCGCGCAAGUCCAACGCGCCUGAAUGAAAUGCACGAUUUCAUCCAGAUUGUUGUUAAUUUUUAAGUCAUAUUGAGCUGACAUUGUAAGCAUCCAUCAGAGGUUUUCAUCAUGGCGUCACGUUUCUUUGCCACUGGUUCGUCCAGUGAGAGCGAAUCCUCGUCAAGUGACAAUGAGGAGCCAGUACCGUCCAAGGUCAUCACCCAGCAACGCUUCGCUCUGAGUGACAGCGAGGAAGAGGUCAAGCGGGUGGUACGCAGCGCCAAGUCCAAAAGACAUGAAGAGAUCAUGGACGUCAUCAAGCAGAUCAAGAACCAGAAGAAGAUCCGGGACGUCUCCCGCGUGCUGUCCAGCUUUGACGAUCUGACCCGGGUCUACCAGAAGUCUCAGAAGGUGCUGAACCCGGAUGGUGGUCACCCACCCCGUUUCUACAUCAGGACCCUGGUGGAAAUGGAGGAAUUUGUCAACGAGUGCUGGGAGGACAAGAAGAAGUUGACCAAGAUGAACGCCAAGUCUCUGUCCACGCUGAGACAGAAACUUCGCAAAUAUUGCAGGGACUAUGAGGAGCCUAUCAACGAGUAUAAAGAGAAUCCCGACGUGGAGAGAGAACAAGAAGAGGAAGAAGAUGAGGAAAUCAGCGGAGAUGAGAUGGAUUCCGGUGAUGAAGAUGGUUUGGGCGUGACGGGGACGAAAAGGACGCCAUCCAAAAUAAAGGACGAGGAAAGCGACAGCGACAGUAGCUUCUGGGACGAGAGCACCGAGAGUGAAAGCGACAGCUCUGACGCAGAGGCUGGCGGCUACGGGGGACUCACGGCUGCCUACUUCUUGAAAUCGAAUAAUCCUGAGAAGGAGGAUCGUCAACAGAAUGUUCGCCUCCAUCGUCGCAAGGAGCGCGAAGCCAGACGAGCCAAGCAGGAAGAGGAGGAAGAAGGUGACGAGGAAUGGACAAAGGUCACCAAGGGGUUGCCCAUCAGUAAGGUGAUGUUUGACAAAGGCACGGACAUUACCCACACGCUGGUCGUCAAGAAGCUUCACGAGAUUGUCUCGGCCCGCGGCCGCAAGGGCACCAACCGCAAAGAACAGAUCGAGCUGCUGCGAGAGCUGCGCACCAUCUCUGCUCAGAACAACCUGGGCGUGGCCAUCGACCUGAAGGUGCUGUUCAACAUCACGGCGGCCAUCUACGACUACAACCCCAACGUGGCUACCUGCAUGAAGCCCGACAUGUGGAUCAAGUGCAUGGACAGCAUCACUGAGAUGUUGGAGCUACUGAAGAAGAACCCUGACAUCACUAUCAAUGAGAACAUCCCUGAGGAUGCAGAAACCUACAAUGAGAAGCCGUAUCGGAUCCGAGGCUGUGUGCUGACCAUUGUGGAACGCAUGGACAAAGAGUUCACGAAGAUCCUGCAGUCGGCUGACGCGCACUCCACAGAAUUCGUUGAGAGGUUGAAGGAUGAGACGCGAGUGACCAAGAUCAUCACCACCUUGCAAGCUUACCUGGAGGAGCGUGGCAGCGCCUCAGAUCUCUGCCGCAUCUACAUGCGCUACAUCAACCAUAUCUACUACAAGUAUGACUACGACAAGCUGCAGCAGCUGGAGGAGCAAGUCCAGGAGAGACGGGCCAAGAUCCUGAGGGAGAGCCAGGAGGGGACGGGCAAGGAUCCCGACACGACUGGAGACAACAAGACUGAGACCGGGGAAGGGACCACGGACAGCAAGGGAGAGGAGAAAGGAAGCAUAGAGGAGAAGGAGGGGUCCAAGGAGGAGUCGAAGGAAGAGUCAAAGGAGGAGUCGAAGGAAGAGUCGAAGGAAGAGUCAAAGGAGGAGUCAAAGGAGGAGUCCAAGGAAGAGUCGAAGGAAGAGUCGAAGGAAGAGUCGAAGGAGGAGUCGAAGGAAGAGUCAAAGGAGGAGUCGAAGGUAGAGUCAAAGGAGGAGUCGAAGGAGGACGAGUCUAAAGAAGACGCGACUACAGAGGAUGGGUCUAAAGAGGACGCGUCUAAAGAGGAUGUGGUGGAGGGAGAGGGGGAGGGGUCGGAGAAGAAAAAGGAGGAGGUCAGCAAAAAGACAAAAGGAGAUGGCAGUGAGACCACGGCAGAGCUGAUGGAUCGUAUGUGCAAGUUCAUCUACUCCAAGGACACGACGGACUUGAUCCGUACCCGGGCCAUGCUGUGCCACAUCUACCACCACGCCCUGCAUGAUCGCUGGUACAUGGCUAGAGACCUCAUACUCAUGUCCCACCUGCAGUCCAAUAUACAGCACUCGGAUAUCCCUACACAGAUUUUGUACAAUCGGACCAUGGUGCAGCUGGGCCUGUGCGCGUUCCGUCACGGUAACAUCAAGGAUGCCCAUCAUGCAUUGCUGGACAUCCAGAGUGGGGGUAGGGCCAAGGAGCUACUUGCACAGGGUCUGUUGAUGCAGAGGCAGCAGGAACGAGACCCAACCCAGGAGAAGAUUGAGAAGUCUCGUCAGUUGCCCUUCCACAUGCACAUCAAUCUGGAGUUGCUUGAGUGCGUCUACCUCGUCUCGGCUAUGCUACUGGAGAUACCUUACAUGGCCUCCCACAACUUUGACAUCCGUCGGCGCAUGAUCAGCAAGAGUUUCCACCACCAGUUGCGACUGAGCGAGCGGCAGACUCUCGUGGGUCCCCCAGAGAGCAUGAGGGAGCACGUGGUGGCCGCCUCGCGGGCCAUGCGCUACGGCAACUGGCGGGCUUGCAAGGACUAUCUGCUGAACGAUAAGAUGAACGGCAAAGUCUGGAAUCUGUUCCCGAACAGUGAUCACGUGAGGGAGCUCAUUACAAGGAAAAUUCAAGAGGAGAGUUUGAGGACCUAUCUCUUCACCUACGGCAGUGUCUAUGAUUCACUCAGCAUGAACACACUGGCUGAGAUGUUUGAAUUGGAGAAGCCUGUUGUGCACAGCAUCAUCAGCAAGAUGAUCAUUAAUGAGGAACUCAUGGCUUCAUGGGAUGAGCCAGCCCAGACCGUGGUCAUGCACCGCUGCGAGCCCACCAAGCUCCAGAACCUGGCCCUGCGCCUGGCGGACAAAGUCAACAACCUCGUGGAGAACGGCGAACGCUUACUGGAGUACCGCCAGAACGACGGCCGGGGCUUCAACAAAGGCGGCGGCCAGCAGUUCCGCGACAAGCAAGGCAACUACCGCGGGGACCGCAGCGACCGAGGGGGCGAGAGGUCCGGGUAUCGCUCUGGGCGGGGCGGUUAUCGUGGCGGUGGCGGUGGUGGGAACUACCGUGGCGGCGGAGGCUAUCGCGGGGACCGGAGUGGCGGCGGAGGCUAUCGUGGGGACCGGAGUGGCGGUGGUGGCUACCGCGGGGACCGGAGUGGCGGUGGUGGCUAUCGCGGGGACCGCAGUGGCGGUGGUGGCUAUCGCGGGGACCGAAGUGGCGGUGGUGGCUAUCGCGGGGACCGGAGUGGCGGUGGUUAUCGUGGAGGUCGGAGAAGUAACCAGAAUACGUACUAGAUGCCUGCUAGCUCAGAACUCGCUGCCACUACCACGAUUGCAAAGAUGAUGUCUCAGUGUAUGGCGCCCUCUUUCGAAAGAAGUUUCAUCAGGCUUCAUGAUUCCAACAAUGGAUUUCUAUACCCAUCCCCCCUCUGCAACAUAAUAGGCCUCUCUCAAAUGACGUCAUUUCCUACAGACCAUCCACGUGCAUCGUCAUUUAGAGUGUCAACUUGCAUAACGCGUAUCGGCUGCAUUGUAUUUCGAACACGUUUCAAGUACUAUAAGAGUACUUCAAGUACUAUAAGUACUACAUUUCAAGUAACAAGGGAGUGUUUUUGGAACAUUUUCAACACUGCGCAAUGCGUGCUUGAUGGCGUAAAAUACACAGUUGCAGUUCUCCUACAGAGAUGGCUGUCAUUGAGAGAGACCUAUUAGUUUUGGCCUUAAUUUAAAACUCUUUAACCCAAACCUGCUGGAUUCUUCAGAGUCCAUCAGGUUUUGGAGGACUUUGAAGGAUUCAGGAGCAUCGGAACCUUUUUAUGGGGGCCUUGAAGCAUAUAGUUUUAAAUACUAAAAAUGCUUCCUAUGGUGUUGCCCUUCAAAAAUUCUGUCAUAAUUUCAUUUCUGCUUGCUGAGCGGCAGAUUCUGUAAGGUUUCAUGCAAAAAGUUCUUGGGGAGUACCACCUGAAAUCUCUGGUUUUCCUUUCUUGAGUCACUCUUAUACUCAGCAGCCAUUUUGCAGAACAGUGUUUUUUGUUUGUUGGGGUUUUUUUGGUUCAUAUACUGGCAAGUAACAAAAAAUAGGAAAUUCGAAACUUAACAUGACUUUACAAAGUGUUUCUAAUGGCACAAGUAAAAAAUGACAUCAUCUGAUCCGGGUUCAGUUGCACACCUGCAUAUAUUUUGUUUUAGAAUUAAAACUAACAAAAAUACUCUCUCUAUAAACAUUGUUGCCAUGUAUAUUGUCAAAAAGAGGACAGUUGAUGACCAAAACUGCAGAGUAUUUGAGGUAUUUUAGUCUGCAUACCAGCAGCCAACUUGAGUGCUUUUUUGGUAGUUUGACGUGCUGUCUGCAUUUUGAGAAUUUUGGUUUUCUCCAAGAACAAACAACAGUUUUUGGACGGAGACAGUUUCAAAGUUUUUGAGCAUUAAUUUAAAAACAGUAAUGUGCAAAGCUGAGCAUUUCUCAUUCAGCUGUACUGUCUUUUUUUCUCAAACUAGUAAAAUAUUAACUUUUAAGGUUCUAUGUAAGACAAGCAAACAAAAGACAGAAAUCCAAUUUUUGUUGAUUUAGAAAAUAAAAUCACUGAAUUUUAUUAAAUCAAAUCUCAAGUUAACAUAAUCAUAAAUUAACAGUGGCAAGUGAUAAUAAAAUGGUACCAUAUUAAACAU